CAAUUAACCAGGAUCCCCUAAAUUUCGAAAUCUCCAAUCUCUCCUUAUCGCCUCCUACCGCCUUUAUUUUCUAAAGCUACAACAAAUAGCAGCCGUCUUCUCGCCCUUUUUUCCCCCCUCUCCUUCACAACAAUUCCAGCGUCGGCACAGGCUCAUCAGCAUUUCCUACCUUAGCAUUUGAGUCUUUCUUUCGCUCAUAGGAAGGUUUGGUUUGUUCAUCCGCUGUUGGUUUUACCUAGAUUCCCCUUUCGCCACCAUGGCCACGAUAAAUGCCACUGUCGCUGGCGUCUUCAGCCAUCCCGAUACGUAUCUAAACGUAUUCGAGGAAGUCACAAAAUACAAUGUCCACCUCAACGUGGUAGAGCGCGCUUGGGCGGCCUGGUAUCUAUGGAUGCAGAACGACACAUUAGCGACGGGUAUCAUGAGUUUUUUCAUGCACGAGAUCAUCUACUUCGGCCGGUGUAUACCCUACAUGGUCCUCGACCGAAUCCCUUUUUUCAACCGCUACAAGAUCCAAAACCAGAAGAUCCCGACGUGGAAAGAGCAAUGGGAAUGUGCCAUGCUGGUUCUUCUCAGUCAUGUUACCGUCGAACUACCUCAGAUCUGGCUUUUCCACCCUAUCGCUACCUACUUCGGCAUGGACUACGGUGUUCCCUUCCCUAAGCUCUCGACGAUGGCUCUGCAAAUCGCUGUCUUCUUUGUUGUCGAAGACGCAUGGCAUUACUGGUUACACCGAGCACUACACUACGGUCCCCUAUACAGGAUGAUUCACAAGCUUCACCACACCUACUCCGCCCCCUUCGGUCUGGCUGCUGAGUACGCCUCGCCGAUUGAGACUAUGCUUCUCGCUCUCGGAAGCGUCGGAAGUCCCAUUGUCUGGGUUUCUCUAACCGGGGACCUUCAUCUGUUCACCAUGUACAUGUGGAUUGUCGGCCGUCUAUUCCAGGCCAUCGACUCACACAGCGGAUACGACUUCCCCUGGAGCUUGAGGCACUUCCUGCCCUUCUGGGCCGGUGCCUUCCACCACGACGUCCACCACGAGAAGUUUAUCGGAAACUACUCCUCCAGCUUCACAUGGUGGGACUGGAUGCUCGACACCGAAUCCGGUCCCGAGGCCGCCAGGCGCCGCCGCGAGAGGAAGCUCAAGGCUAUCAAGGCCAAGAAGGCCGAGUAAAGAGGCUCCAUAACCUCACAACAUUAGGAUGUGCACUGGGACGGUGGGCAGGUCAGCUAGUGGCAUUCCGCCGAUUCCCGAUGCUUACUCCUGGCCAUCAAGAUUGAUUGCUGGCCAUUGGGAGGAGAUUGCCCGAUGCCGUAAGACGCAGCACCUAAGGGAACGAUACUUUACGAUUUUGUCGAUCGUUAAUUCUAAUAGACAUGGGGCUGGCCGACUUAAUACAACUUUGUAAUUGUGACGAAGAGAAGAGAUACUACUAUCAUAGAUUAAUAAUAGCCU